GGUAAUUCCGUUGCGCAUUAUGCAGUGCAACAAAAGGACUUGGCGAUCGUGGAGGCGUUGCUGGCAUCGCGUAUGUCGUUUCACCACACAAACAAGGCCAGCGAAACGCCGCUGACAGUGGCGAUCAACGCUGGCGCGAGUGAUGUCGUUCGUUUUCUGUACGAGGGACUUCAACUGCGCAGUGAUGUCGCCUUAUGUGCUGAUGGAGCAUCCCGUGUCCAUGUCGCAAGACGAUAUUCUGCGCUACAAACUGAACGGGCUCGCGCCGGGGUCGCGGCUUGAAGCAUGGCCAUCCAAGCUCCAACUUGCAUUUGUAGCUGCAAAUGCACUCGCGGACCUGCACGAAAGGGGACUCGACCACGGAUGUUUCUCGACAUAUAGUCUCUACGUGAAAGCGAACUCCAACGCGGACGUAUUGGGAGCCCCGUGCUCGGGCUCCAUUCAAGUCCUCUGGCCAGGAUUUGUGCCGGCCCACGAGUCGCUGACGCCGUGGGCUGCCCCUGAAGUCCGCAACGGGCACGUGUCCGCGUCGCAGGAGUCCGAUGUAUACGCCCUUGGCGUCCUCCUGGCGGAGCUCGAUACGCUCGCAAUGCCGUCGACCGGCCUCGGACAACUGCGAGACGACUGCGAGCACUGGUACGCCAGUAUCGUUGCCGGCUGCAUGGCCGAGGACCCGACAGCGCGCAUGUCGGCCGCCGCAGUCGUGGCCGCGCUCCAGCCCCACAUGGAUGCCGCCACACGGCAAAACCAGGUUGCAGAUGGCUGA